UCUGUCUCUCCCUCUCUGAUGGAGCACUUUUUUCUAGGGAGUGCCUCAUCUCAAAUACGGAUCCGAAUUCGAAUCAACCAACUGCUCCCCUAGUCAGGGGAGAGACAGAAUCGAGGUAAGAAAAGAAACCACCAACCAGGCGAUAUGGGCCAGGGCUGCUUAACUGGCCGACCCAAGCCCCGAAUCCCAUCCGAGUUAACUGGACGACGUGGAGAUGCAGCUUGCAGCCCAAGCCCGGACCAGGAUCAAGCUGGUCGUCCACCUCUCCGACUCCGAUCCUCUCAACGCUGAACGCAGGCAACGCGGGCACGCACAACACAACUCGACGGAGCAGCCAAGCCGUCGCCCGCGAGUAAGGCGAUAGCAUCUUCUUCCUCUCCAACGGUGGGCCACGCUGCCGCCGUCCCAUCCCGCCGCCGUGCCCUAGACCUCACGUUCACCUGUUUUCCGGCUCCACGCCAACCUAUUGAAGAGGGAUGUUCUUACAAUGUACGAAGUUGAACACACAGUGUGAAUUCGGUGGUUUUGCAAUGGAACCGGGGAAGAAGCCUCUUUGAUCUUGUAAAAAAAUUGUUGGGAAUAUGCUACAAAGUAAGAGAGCUGGCAAUGAUGAUCUCACAGAAAGCUCCCAUAAAAAUAGAAGAAUCGACAAUGGCGGAGGAGAGACACUUGAUCUGAUAAUGCCAGGUGAGUUUUGUCAGGAUGUCAAUUCAAAAGAACCGAUUGACAGCUUUAGUGACUCCUGCCAAAGUGUCUGGAGUGAGCUCGGUGAAGAAGUUACUUCAAAAUUUUCUAGGAAUGUUGUCUCCAUCACUUUAUCCGAUGGAGCUAAGGUGUUAUUUGCAUGCUCGGGCAUAGCCUUUGAGUCAGGGUUUCAUGUCACAAGGUUUCUGACUUCAGAAAGUUUGGUUAGAGCUUUCAAUGAUAAUAAUAAUAGAAGAGAAGGCCAUGGUAGAUUGGAUAUAGAAGUGCGUCGCAACGGCGAUGUUGCCAGAGGGAUAUUGGGAAGCUAUCGUUCGGAUAAGGGGAUUGCUGUUGUCAACAUAGUGUUCGUUACCCUUGAUGUUCAUCCGGUAGAUCUAUAUCAUCAGGUGGAAUUUCUUCCCUGUAGUAAGGUAACAGCUGUCGCGCGUGCUGAUUCUGGCACAUUAAUGGCCACAACUGGGAUACUUACUGGCGAUUCAAGCGGAUCUGAGGAUGGUAAAGAGCUUAUGCUCUCCACUUGUAAAAUCUCUAAGGCUUGGGAAGGUGGGCCGCUUUUUGAUUGUGAUGGGAACUUUGUUGGCAUGAACCUUUUUCUGGAUGGCGAAGGAACUUCUUUUGUGCCAAGGAGUAUAAUUAUCGAACGUUUGGAGAAAUAUAUGCCAAAAAAGGAAGUUAUGACGUUCAGGCAUGUAGAAUUCCAGAAACGGGUGCAUCCCUGGCCCUAUUGCAGCUACCCAAGAGACAGAUCUGGGGAUCUAGACUCCUGGAGUUAUCCAAAGCCUUCAGCAGCUACUAUCAGUGAGGGCUUGAAAUUGGUUAAUACAUUCGAAGAGACUUUUGGUGACCUGUAUGAUUCUGGUGAAGGUGUUUGGAGCCAACUCGACAAAACAGUUUGUCAGAACUUAUGUCAAGCUGUUGUCUCACUUGGUUCAUUCAGCGGAGAAACGAGGUUUUUCGCAUGCACAGGCUUAUUUAUUGAAUGGAAUGGAUGCACAAUCAUUCUGACUUCAGCGAGUUUGGUUAGGGAUCCUAACGAUGAAAACAAGAUUGCUGAAAAGUUGAAGAUUAAAGUUUUGCUUCCAAACAAACAAUGCAAAGAAGGGAUAUUGCAACACUACAGUUUGCACCACAAUGUUGCUCUUGUCGGUGUCAAGGAUUUCUGUCCUCUUCAUUCAUUUAGAAUUAAAGAUCCAUUGAAUAGAACUCGUAAAGAUCCCAAAAGAUCUCGUAAAGAUCCCAAUGUAGUAGCUGUGGGGUGCUGUUUUGACUUGGGAGUCUUAAUGGCUACAUGUGGGAGAGGAACCGACUGGUCAGGCAUGCUUGAUUACAGGGAUCUUAGGUACUCCAGUUGUAAGAUCACUAAGGCUGGGAUUGGAGGACCUCUGGUUGACUUUAGUGGGAGAUUUAUUGGCAUGAACUUCUAUGAUAAGAAAAUAGGAACCCCAUUCAUGUUUAGGGACUGUAUUAUUCGAGUUCUGAAACAUUUUGAGGGAAAAAGGACCACUGAUGAAUCUGGCAGUGGCGGUACACCAAUCAGGUGGCCUCUGCCCAAACCAUGUUGGCGUCAUCCAGAGGAUGAGGUCAAAGAUUUGCUCCCACCCGGCGAUGGGGAAGAAUCUGGGCCGUUCGGAUUCACAUAUUCGGGUGGAGUCAGAGUGGACUACCACUAGAUGUCAUCCUGCGCUUGCUCUGCUCUGUCUGAUUCAAUCUGGUCUUGUGUACCUGUUUGUUUGAGCCGUUCAGAGUUUUCUAUCUUCUAACCAUGUUCGGGUAUUUUGGUGUUUAGCGAGUGAAUGCACGUCAUCCAUAGCUCUAGUUUUUGCUAGUUUAUGUGAUACCUGAACAUUUCUCCUGUGUUUGAAAAACAUUUUUAUGUGCGAACAGAUGGAGUCAACUA